AUGGCUCUUACAACAAGUUCAGAGUCUCAUCCAACCUCUACAAAACCAACCCCAACUCCUCCACCAAUCGAAGUCGAGUGUGUGAAAUGCGACUCUUGUGGGUUCACGGAGGAUUGCACCCCUGCAUACAUCUCACGAGUCCGGGAACGUUACCAGGGCCGUUGGAUAUGUGGGCUCUGCGUUGAGGCCGUGAAAGAUGAAGUCUUGAGAUCAGAUAGGCUCAUCUCCACCGAAGAAGCCCUGAACCGCCACAUAAAUUUUUGCAGGAAGUUCAGAUCAUCAAGUCCUCUGCAUAAAGAAACAGAGCACCCCAUCUUUGCCAUGGGUCGGGUUUUCAGGCGGAGCUUGGAUACUCCGAGAGCUCUCAGGUCAAAUUCUAGCUCUUCUCUUGAUGGUGUCGAAAGUGUUCGCGGCCCAGCGCUUGUUCGUUCAGGAAGUUGCUUCUCUUCUCUGUCUAGGAAUAUGAAUGACAUGGUUGUGUGA